GUCACCCCCUCCACCCCAAAUGUUGCUUUCCAGCUCCUCUCUCCAUUAUACACAAAUUACAAAACACCAAGAAAAAAGCUAAUUAUAAUCACUAUGUCAAACCCCCAAAAUCUGAUCAUUUCUCUGUAUUGAGAAAGGAAAAACAAAAAAAAAAUGUCUGAUCAGAACAGCGACAAUAUGUCCAGCAUGAGCGGCGACAAUAUGUCCGGUAUGGGCAGCGGCGACCUGAGCAACACAACACGCAAGAUGAUCAUGCAUUCGAGCCUUUACUGGGGCAAAGAUGCGAUAAUCGUGUUCCCUAAUUGGCCUAACGAGGAUAUUGGCAUGUACAUAUUGGCUUUCUUCUUUGUGUUUCUUCUGGCUGUUGCUUCUGAGGUUUUGUCUAUCUCUCCCACCGUCAGAGGCGGCACGAGUCCCACCAAGGCCGGCGCAGUUCAGGCCGGCGUCUAUGCUUUUCACAUCGGUUUCACCUACUUGAUCAUGCUCUCUGUGAUGUCCUUCAAUGUGGGAAUAUUCCUAGCUGCCGUGGCUGGCCAUACCCUAGGGUUCUUUCUUGUCAAGGCUCGCACUCAGGCCCUAGUUAACCAGCCCCAGGCGGAUCCCAAAGUCUAAAUAUUUGUAAUAUGUGCUUAACUACUGCUCCUGUUUUGUGUGCUUUGUUUGAAUUUCGUCUUUGUUUGUGUGAAUUUUAUAUUUGUGUGAUUGCCCACCUUGAAAAAAGAACAUCAAUGUUAAGGGGUAUCGGUGGUGCUGAGCACGCACACAAAUAGACCGUGAGUUAUAAUAUAGACUCAUCUUCUAUUAUAGUGCUCGACACUGAUAGUAUUUUUCUUAAAAAAACUAUGAAAAUAAUAAAUAAGUGGGCCGUUCUUUAGUGUGUAUGCUUUG